AUGGCGCGUCGUGCGGCCAGAUCCUCCGCUUUCCAGUGGACUAGCAUCUGCUACCUCCUCCUCAUCUUCGUUUGUCCCCUUGCAUUCAUGUGCUUUGUCCAAGCCGAAUCACAAGUUCCUGUGAAUGAGUCUGACGCCAACUAUGGCACCGUCAUCGGCAUCGAUCUGGGUACCACCUACUCUUGCGUUGGUGUGAUGCAGAAUGGACAUGUCGAAAUCAUCGUCAACGACCAAGGAAACCGAAUAACACCCUCAUACGUGGCCUUCACCGAUGAAGAGCGGUUAGUAGGCGACGCGGCCAAGAAUCAAUACGCGGCGAAUCCCACGAGGACCAUCUUUGAUAUCAAGCGAUUAAUCGGUCGAAAAUUCGCAGAAAAGGAUAUCCAACGAGACAUCAAACACUUCCCUUUCAAGGUCAUCAACAAGGAUGGAAAGCCUGCGGUCAACGUUGAGGUUGCUGGUCAACCCAAGGUCUUCACCCCAGAGGAGAUUUCCGCCAUGGUGUUGGGCAAGAUGAAGGAAGCCGCCGAAGCAUACCUGGGCAAAAAGGUGACCCACGCCGUUGUGACGGUCCCAGCCUACUUCAACGACAAUCAGCGACAGGCAACCAAGGAUGCUGGAGUAAUCGCCGGCUUGACGGUGCUCCGUGUGGUCAACGAGCCCACGGCCGCCGCUAUCGCCUACGGACUAGACAAGAAGGGCAAAGAGAGCAAAAUCAUUGUCUACGAUCUAGGUGGUGGAACCUUUGAUGUGUCUCUCUUGUCGAUCGAAGACGGUGUCUUCGAGGUUUUGGCCACUGCCGGUGACACUCACCUGGGUGGUGAAGAUUUUGAUCAGCGAGUCAUUGACCACUUUGUCAAGCAAUACAACAAGAAGAACGAUGUGGACAUCCGCACUGAUCUCAAGACCAUGGGCAAGCUGAAGCGAGAGGUGGAACGAGCCAAGCGACUUCUGUCUUCCCAGAUGACCACUCACAUCGAAAUCGAGAACUUCCACAACGGCAAAGACUUCUCCGAGACCUUGACCCGAGCCAAAUUCGACGAAUUGAACGCUGACUUGUUCAAAAAGACCCUCAAGCCCGUUGAACAGGUCAUCAAGGAUGCCAAGGUGAAGAAGUCCGACAUUGAUGAUAUCGUUCUGGUUGGCGGUUCCACUCGUAUUCCCAAGAUUCAAUCCUUGAUCGAAGAGUUCUUUGGUGGCAAGAAGGCCAGCAGGGGCAUCAACCCUGACGAGGCCGUGGCUUAUGGUGCGGCCGUUCAGGCUGGUAUUCUCUCCGGCGAGGCUGGCACCGAAGAAAUCGUCCUUCUGGAUGUCAACCCGCUCACUCUUGGAAUUGAAACGACCGGAGGUGUCAUGACGAGACUGAUCCCUCGAAACACCGGCAUCCCGACCAAAAAGUCUCAAAUCUUCUCCACGGCGGCGGACAACCAACCAGUCGUCUUGAUCCAGGUUUACGAAGGCGAACGGUCGCUGACCAAGGACAACAAUCUACUCGGCAAAUUCGAGCUUACCGGCAUUCCCCCUGCGCCGCGCGGUGUCCCACAGAUCGAAGUUUCUUUCGAACUAGACGCCAACGGCAUUCUCAAAGUGUCGGCCAUUGACAAAGGGACUGGCAAAUCCGAGGCCAUUACUAUCAGUAACGACAAGGGCAGACUGACGCCUGAGGAGAUCGAGAGAAUGGUCGCCGAGGCUGAGCAGUUUGCCGAAGAAGACAGACAGAUCCGGGAAAAGAUUGAGGCCCGUAACAAACUGGAAAACUAUGCUGUCUCCCUCAAGAACCAGGCCAAUGAUGAGGAGGGCCUGGGUGGCAAGAUUGACGAAGAGGACAAGGAGACCCUUCUGGAAGCCGUCAAGGAGACCCAAGACUGGCUCAGUGAAAAUGCCGAUACGGCGGAGAAGGAUGACCUGGAAGAACAAUACGAAAAGCUGUCGAACGUGGCCUACCCGAUCUCCAGCAAGUUGUACGGCGGUGGGGCAGGUGGCAUGCCUGACUAUGGCGAUGAUGAUGACGAGCCGGCCGGCCACGACGAGCUGUGA